AUGUCGCUGCAACCCGCCCUCCGUCGCGGGUGUUCAUGGAACUGGUUUCCCUGGGCUAACCUGGGCCGGGAAAACAACUCGAUCUCGGCCUUGGAGGCGCAGCCCGUCGGCAGCCGCCCCCACGUCGCCAAGGCCCACCGAGCCCGCGAGGUCCACGUGAGCGGCUCGGCCGAGGUGUCCGCCAGCCCCGACCGGGCGCAAGUGGCCGUGCGGGUGAGCAGCACCAAGGAGGCGGCGGCCGAGGCCAAGAAGAGUGUGUGCCGUCGCCUGGACUACAUCACGCAGAGCCUCCAGCAGCAGGGUCUGCAGGCAGAAAAUGUCUCCGUCACAAAGGAUAUUAGAAGAGUAGAAAAUGCUUAUCACAUGGAAGCCGAGGUCUGCAUUACAUUUACUGAAUUUGGGAAAAUGCAAAAUAUUUGUAACUUUCUGGUUGAAAAAGCUAGACAGCUCUGUUUGUCAUCAACCCACCUGAGUUUCUAUCACACUCCAGGUUCUGUUGAGAAUCUACGGCGGCAAGCCUGUCUUGUUGCUGUUGAGAAUGCAUGGCGCAAAGCUCAAGAAGUCUGUGACCUUGUUGGCCAAACUCUGGGAAAACCUUUACUAAAAGAAGAAGAAACAAAAGAAUGGGAAGGCCAGAUUGAUGACCAGUUAUCCAGACUCCCAGGCUCAUUAACUGUACAACAGAAAAUCAAAAGUGCAACAAUACACGCAGCCUCAAAAGUGUUUAUUACUUUUGAGGUAAAAGGGAAGAGAAGAAAAAAAAGCAUCUUUAAAAUCCAGCUAAAGCAUACUCCCUUCCUGACACAGAUAAUUGAUGUUCGCCCAAACCUGCAACUUUUCCUGACACAGUUGUGUUCCCAAAGCAGGAGGAAUAUGAAACAAUGUAAAGCGGCUGUCACGUAG